CACCUUUUUCUACUCACACUCCUUUGUCUUGGUGAGUCAGUCAACUGUCCUAAACACUCAGCCACCGUUUCCCUAUAUCUCCUCUCUCUCUCUUUCACAAACACACAACUCAAUAAUCGAGAGAGACAGAGAUGGCCACAGCCGCCUUUUCACGCCUGACUCCGCAAUUCUCCAUCUCCUCACCGAAUGCGCCUCACCGCCCUCUCUCCCCUUCCUCCCUCACCUACCCGUCGACUUCCCAAUUCCUCAAUCUCUCUCUCUCCUCCACUUCUUCCCUCCAUCUCAUCGGCUCCCUUCACUCCCCUCGCCGCCCUUCCUUUUUAUCCUUCAGCAUCGGCGGCGGCGAUGAUUCCGGCGGCCAUGGCGGCGGUGGAGGAGGCGGAGACGGAGGUGACGGAGAUGCAGGGGAGAGGAACAAGGCUGAGGCAAUCAUGGCAUUGGCAGAGGCUGGUAGAUCUUUGGAUAGCAUUCCCAAGGAUUUAGCAGCCGCCAUUGAAGCUGGAAGGAUUCCGGGAUCCAUCGUUCAUCGAUUUUUCGAGCUCGAGAAGUCGCCUUUUCUCGGCUGGCUGCUCCGAUUUGGAGGGUUCAAGGAGAGAUUGCUCGCCGAUGAUCUCUUCUUGACCAAAGUUGGCAUUGAGUGUGGCGUUGGGAUUUUCACCAAGACUGCUGCGGAGCUGGAGAAACGUCGAGAAAAUUUCAGCAAGGAGCUAGAUUUCGUCUUGGCUGAUGUGGUAAUGGCCAUUAUUGCAGAUUUCAUGCUUGUCUGGCUACCUGCCCCUACUGUUUCUCUCCGACCCGCGCUAGCUGUCAGUGCUGGAGGUCUCAGCAAGCUCUUCUAUGGCUGCCCUGACAACGCAUUCCAGGUUGCCUUGGCGGGAACAUCCUAUUCAUUCCUACAAAGAAUAGGGGCCAUUGUGAGGAACGGUGCAAAGCUGUUUGCUGUUGGGACCAGUGCGUCUUUGGUUGGGACGGGUGUUACGAAUUUAUUGAUCACUGCGAGAAAGGCUAUAGACAAAUCUUAUGCCGGUGAAGCAGAAGACAUUCCUAUUUUGUCGACAAGUGCUGCAUAUGGUGUUUAUAUGUCAGUAUCAAGCAACCUAAGGUACCAAGUACUUGCUGGACUUAUUGAGCAACGGAUUUUGGAGCCUCUGCUACACGAGCAUAAGCUCGUGCUCAGCGCAGUCUGCUUUGCUGUGCGAACUGGCAACACGUUUCUGGGCUCACUGAUGUGGGUCGAUUAUGCACGAUGGAUUGGAAUCCAGAAGGUACGCGAAUAGAGCAUCAACGCGGCUUCGUAGGGUUGUUAUGCUAUGCUUUGAAACAAUUUGAUCAUUAGAACUGCGUUCUAGGAAUCAAUUUUUUCUCGUUUUGAAGAUUGUUUUUUUGUGAUUUAUUGAGGUGGGGUUACUUUCUUUCAAUUGCAUGAAAUAACAAGCUGUAAUCAGAAACAGGAAUAUGUCGUCUAUGUUCAAGCUCAGACUUACUUUAUAAUUGAUUCUUGAAGAAGAUAUGCAAUUAUAUGUUGUGAUAA